CUGUGGGCCCGGUGGCGGCGCGGGCGCGGGGCCCGAGGCGGCGGUUGCGGCCGCGGCCAUGUCCCGCCGGGGGCCCGCACAGGUGUCGGGCAGCCUCCGGCGGAGGGCGGCACCGGGCACGGCCCCGUCGGAGCUGCAGGAGCUGCGGAGCCGCACGGAACGCGCCGAGCGGCGGCUGCUGGCCUGCGAGAACCUGGUCGGGGAGCUGGGCAGCGGCCUGGCCGCCCUCAGCACCCUCCUGCAGGGCUACGGGCAGCUGCAGCAGCGCCUGCUCAACCUGGAGAACCUCCUCAAGAACAGGAACUUCUGGAUCCUGCGCCUGCCCCCCGCCUCCGGGGGCGAGAUCCCCAAGGUGCCGCUCACCUUCGAUGAUAUCUCGGUGUAUUUCAAUGAGCUGGAGUGGGAGAGGCUGGAGCGCUGGCAGAAGGAUCUGUACAGGGCCGUGAUGAGGGGCAACUAUGAGACCUUGGUGUCCCUGGACUACGCCGUGUCCAAGCCCGAGAUCCUGUCCCAGCUGGAGAGGGACGAAGAGUUCUGUUACAAAGAGGGUCAGGAGUCCCCAUGGACACAGACUGGCGAUGGUCAGGAGCUCCUCCGGGCAGCAGAAGAGAGGAACAAGGCACAGGAGGCUGCAGGAGAUGGAAGCCCCGUGGGAGCUGCCCCAGACAGUGCCAAGUCCAAGCCCAGCAGCCGGACCUGCAUCGAGAGGGAUGAAGAGCCCAGCAAGGAAAAGGGUCCUGAGCCCUCAUGGACACAGAGUGGGGACAGCCAGAAAACCCCACAGAUACAGAGUGGGGACAGCCAGGAACCCCCAGAGACACAGAUUGGGAACAGCCCAAAGUCCCCACGGACACGGAGUGGGAGCAGCCAGAAAAUCCCACAGAUACAGAAUGGGGAAAGCCCAAAAUCCUCAUGGACACGGAGUGGGAACAGCCAGAAAACCCCACAGACACACAAUGGGGACAGCCAGACCCCCUCACAGAUACAGAGUGAGGACAGCCCAAAAUCCUCAUGGACACGGAGUGGGAACAGCCAGAAAACCCCACAAAUACAGACUGGGGACAGCCAGAACCCCUCACAGACAGAGACUGGAGACAGCCCAAAAUCCUCAUGGACACGGAGUGGGAGCAGCCAGAAAACCCCACAGACACAGACUGGGGACAGCCCAAAGUCCCCAUGGACACGGAGUGGGAGCAGCCAGAAAACCCCACAGACACAGACUGAGGACAGCCAGAAAACCCCACAGACACAGAAUGGGGACAGCGCAGAGUCCCCAUGGACACGGAGUGGGAGCAGCCCAAAGUCCCCAAGGACACACAAUGGGAACAGCCCAAAGUCCCCAAGGACACAGAGUGUGAACAGCCCCAAACCCCCACAGACACACAGUGGGGACAGCCAGCCACUGCCUCAGACACAGACUGGGGACAGUCAGAACCCCCUCCAGACAAGUGUCCCCAACAACCAGAAGCCCCCACAGACACCAGGAGAGAUGGAGCAGCAGCAGGAGGCUUCGGGAGAGGAUCCCAUGCCCACGGAAGCAGGCCCAGAGCUCCCCAUCCUGAUGAUGAACGUGAUGUCCCUGGGGGACCAUCAGCAGGGGCCGGCGGAGGAGGAGGAUGCGGAGAUGGAGGAGGACCCGGCAGAGCCUGACACUGAGGAAGCCUUCUCCAUGGAAGAUGAAACACCAUUCGAAGGGGCUUCUCUCGAGGACAUCAAGGUGAAAGAAGAGGAGCCUGAGCUGCUGGCAGAGGAAUCCACCCCCUGUCCCGGCUCAGAGAUCCAGAAGUGUCCCAAAAACGAGCUGGUGAAAGCCAAGCUGAAGAAGAAGCCGAACCGGUGCGAGGCCAGCGCGCUCCUGAUGGGCAACUGCCGGCGCGGGUACGUGCGGGAAUGGUCCCACCCCUGCACGGAGUGCGGGAAGCGCUUCCGCCUCAAGAUCAACCUCAUCAUCCACCAGCGCAGCCACGCCAAGGAGGGGCCCUACGAGUGCCCCGUGUGCGAGAUCGGCUUCAGCACCAAGCGGCACCUGGACCUGCACCGCGGCAUCCACGUCAAGGACAGAGCCUUCGGCGCCAAGGUCUGGGGCAACGUGCACCCCGAGCUGCGCAUCCGCCCGCGCAGGGAGCUGUGCGGCGGCGCCGGCCACGCCGCGGGCGCCUGGCUGGGCCAGCCCAAGGAGGAGCCCGACAGAGAGGGCCUGGCCGGCUCGGGGGUCGUGCAGCCGCCCACGCCCAGGCAGAAGUGCCCCCUGUGCAAGAAGUUCCUGGCCUGCUCCACGUCCAUGCGGCGGCACCUGAAGACCCACGCGCGGGACCGGCCCUACUGCUGCAGCUCCUGCAACAAGUGCUUCACGCGCAGCAAUCACCUGCUGCGCCACAAGAAGAUCCACGAGAGGGCUCUGGCUGCGCUCCAGCACGAGGCCACGGCCCAGCCCCCUGCUGCUAUCCCGGCAUCCCCGCAGCACCCAGCUGCCGAGCCCCAGAGGAGCCCUUCCCAAGAGAAUGGGAGCCCUGAGGCUGCGAAAGCGAGCCUGCCCAACGUGCUGCUGCUGGGGACAACGCCCCUGGGGCUCCCGGGCAAAGGCUCCCCCCUCCCUGAGUGCAUCAGGAAAGCCGUGCAGCCCGUGGUGCAGCUGGGAUCCAGGGCAGUGGCUUCGGAGAUGACAGAGAAAUGACAGAUGACAGACCCUGGGACAGAUCUGAGCUGUGCGUGUCCCUGGAAGGAAGCUGUGAGUUUGCUGGGUUUGCACCUGGUGGGACACCAAGGAUGGGAAUCUGCUGUGUUUUAGGAGCUUCCUGGGUUGUGGAAAGGAUGGGAAGCUUGGAGACCACAACACAGAGCAAAUUGCAGAAGCCUCCAGUGAUCCAUAGUGCUUCACCAUUCCACUGACUUGGUCCUGUUGGCUGAUACUUGGAAUUUUCCCAAGCUGACAUUCCUGGGAGAUGACCAGGUGAAUCCUGGUCAAACAGGAGCAGAACUUUGCCAUUCUUUGAUGUUGGAGCUGACCCCUUGCAUUCAGAAACACAACUGAAGAGGGCAGGGAGAAGGGAAUGGAGCUGGCAGCGUUCCCAUGCAGCCCUUUGAGACACCAGAUGGAGAGUGACAUCUCUGAGACCCCACCACGUCCUGGCCACCCUGGGGAGGAGAUCAGCCAACAGCCCCUGCAGCAGGUUGGGAACACUGGAGCUUGGCACUGGAAGAUGCAUAGGACAAACCAAACCCCAAUAUUCUGUGCUGGCAUAUUCCAUAUUCCAGGGCAGGUCCAUGAGGAAGGCCACAGGCACCCUCAGGACCAUCCUGCAUGGCUGCAGAGCAAUUUUAGGAAUACUUGACAGGUCAGCCAGCCCCAUGCUGCAGCAGCACCCUGAUCCCUGUGGAUCUGCACGGAGCAGCCCCCCAGCUCUGGAGGAAACUCCCACUCCCCAACCACAGCUCAUCCCCUUUUGCCCCAAAUCCCACCUUAAUGAAUCCUAUGGGAAAACAGUUCUGCAGCUACCUCAGUCAGGGAGAGGGGGCCUGCCCGGAGGCAGCCAGUGGAAGCCAGGCCUGGCAGUGCCCCAGUGUCCCCUGGAGCCACCAGAGCAGUGUCCAUGGCCAGAGCCCCACGUGCUGGGUGUGCACAGGGAGCGCCUCCCACCCAGAGCCAGCACGGACACGGUGGAGCAGCUGUUGGGACUCUUGCGUUUCGUUUUUCAGGGUUUUUUUUUGUUUUGAGCUGUUUGAUGUAAUUAUUUGACAUCCUGAGACCUCUGUCCCUCUCUGAGCAGUGAGCACUGGAAGGCUUUUCCCAUCUCUCAUUCCGAGUCACUCCCGAGGUGUGAUGGUGCUGCUGUGGGAAGCUCUGGGAGCUGAGGGAACGCCUGUGCCACAUCCAGGUGUGAUCCUCAGCCACCUCCUGCUCCACGGGACAGACAGCAGCGUCUGAGCUGCUCCACAGGAACACACACAGCAUCCCACUGCUCCUCUGGGCUGGUCUCACACUUCCUGCCCCUGGGACUGCAGUGUGGAGCGUUCCCAGCCUGCAGCAGGAGCCGGGAGGGGUGCCAGUGGCUGGUUAUCCCUGUUAUCCCUGCCCAGCAGAGAUCCCAGUGCUCCCCAGUUGAUCCCAGGGGCAUGGCUGAGCUGGUGUGUCAGUGCUGAAGGCCAGCAGAAGGACCAGCAGCCCCAGCCUGGCAUUUCUAAAUCUGCUGUGACCGGGAGCAGUUUCCUGUGACAUUCCCGAUCCCUUUCUCAGGCUGUGGAAUCAAUAAAGUAUUUGUCUCUA